AUGUGGACAGUUAUCGAUUCGAGGGAUGAGGCAUCAGAAGCAGCCUACAACAGCAAUGUCCAGCUAUGGACCCUCUACGGGAUCGGCUGUGUGGUGACGCUACUUAGGACAUACUCACAAUGCAAAGACCUGGGCUGGAGAAGAUUGCGCCUUGACGAUUAUCUGAUAUGGGUUGCUAUUGUAUUUUACACUGCGCAAGUGGCAUUGGCGUAUAGUGUCGGAAAUGCAGCCCACGGGCUCGCAAACAACAGCAUGACAGAGGCCCAGAGAGCUGCACUGGCUCCAGACAGUACGGAAUAUCGGGAAAGGUCAGUUACGUUGACAGAGGUGGUCAACAGGAUAAUUGGCUCCAAGAUACAAAUAGCCGGUUGGGCCACAUAUACAGCGUUGAUAAGCUCGCUCAAGUUGUCAAUGCUAGUGUUCUAUACACGACUUAUGGAUGGUCUCGGCCGUCGCUAUCGCGUGCCAAUAUGGAUAGGAUUUGCUCUCGUUAUUGGGAGCUUCAUCGCCUGCAUGAUAACGAUUCUUGCGGCAUGCCGGCCCUUUAACAAGAACUGGCAGAUCUAUCCUGACCCCGGCAGUAAGUUCGCGUCCCGAGACCCUAGACCCAGAUGUUCGCUCAUGGUAUCUCUACUAGAUUCCUGUCAACCUGCCAUUUCCAAGCCGGUGAUCGCCGCAACCUUUGCCGCAAAUCUCGCCACAGAUCCAUAUCUCGUUUUGAUACCAAUCCCCAUGCUUUGGAAAUCCAGUCUAAAGCUCAUGAAAAAGAUUGCGGUGACAAUAGUACUUGGCGCGGGGAUCUUUAUUCUGGUGUGUGCGACAAUCAAGAGUGUUUUUCUGUUGGUGGAACCCAAUAACGGAGCAUCGAUAGCAGACGAAUGGGGCACACGAGAGACAUUUGUCGCCGUGAUCACAACGAACCUCCCUAUGGUUUUCCACCUGUUCCGAACCUGGCUAGCCCGGGGCUUUGGCAGCGCCUUCCAAUCAUCACAGCGAACCUACCAGCUACCGUCAGAAGGAUUUCAGAACACCGGUGGCGGGACGACUCGAAAACGAGGCCGGGGAGGCACCAGCAGCCGGGAUCCGAUUACUGUCGGCUUGACAUUCACCGAGAGUGAAGAACGGAUGAUGCAGGACAUUAAGCUGCAGACGCUGGAACCACAUGAAGGACCCACGGCUGGUGCUAUCUUGGUCUCAAACCAGAUCGAAGUCACCCAUCAGACGCGAAAUAGUCAUGCCAGGGAACCACCUGCACCGGGGGAAGAUGUAAAUUGGUAG